AUGGUGUGGGCCGCACCACUGUUGCUGUUCCUACCUGCUUUGGUAUCCAGCGCUGGAGAAGGUAACAUUCGAUUGCUAGAAGAUGAAGUGGCAAUUGCUCUCAAAGCUUGUACGGUGCCAGACGAAAAUCCAAAUGGCGGGAGUCGUCAACGCCGUUCUGAAGAUUAUCCACGCAUAGACAACACCAGACAAACAAACCAAUACGGACACGAGAAAAGAAACGCCAGUGAUAUGCGAGAGCAGAACAUAUCUGUUUUAAAUGCAACAGAUUACGACUAUGGUGGUUACGGCACUGGGAAUGGUGGAGAAAAAUUGAUCACGUCGGCACCGCGACCGGCAGGUGGAGUGUCCUCCAAUGGCACUACAGAAAACAACGGAGACUACUCGACUUCCAGUAACAGAACAAAGAGGAGCGAGCCGCUGAUCAAUAAACCCGAUAAUGAUCAGUGCCUGAGCCAAUGUGUGUUCGCCAAUUUACAAGUGGUGGAUACUCGGGGAAUACCGCGCGAAGCUGAGCUGUGGAACAAGGUGCAGACCUCUGUGACGUCACAACAGUCAAGAGCUGCUUUGAGAGAUCAGAUAAGAGCUUGCUUUCAAGAGUUACAGUCAGAGGCCGAAGAUAAUGGAUGCUCCUACUCAAAUAAACUAGAACGUUGCUUGAUGCUGCGCUUUGCCGAUCGAAAAACGAACAAAACUAUGACUAAUUAA